UCCAACACGCCGGAGCCUUUUCACACGGCGUAAAACGUCACUUAACAGUUUGAUCCCCUCCCACUCUACCAUCUUCUACUUCCAUUCGGUUUGGGCAACUAAGAAACCGGGAUAACAGACGCCUAUUCCCGGCAAACAUUUGUCAUAUUGCUCUGAGCAAACGGAAAAGUAAAAUUGCUGGUUGUGUUAUAUGCGGGCCCUCAUCCCAACGAAAAGUAAGUCUUUCAGACGGGGGUAAGUGCUACAAGGGGAAGUAUUACAUUUCUAUCGAAAAUGCAGAGAAUUGGUGGAGAUCGAGAGGCCGGAUAAUAAUAUUCAAAUCAGACUGCAGCCCAUUUUCAUCAACAUACUGGAUUCUCUCAGGUGGCGUCUUCGGUAUAGAGCAGAAGUGAUUAUUCUACAAGGGGACAUACAGAACUCUUCAAUAUUCCAGGGACGGUAGGAGUUUCCAGCUUUUCACACCGCGCGGUGAACAGGCCUACCUGUGUGUAAGAUCAGAAGAAUGUUGACCUGGCUCAGGGAGCUCAGUGACUGGGUCUGGCAGGACCGGCUGUGGUUCCCUGCGGGCCUGGGUUGGGCCGACCUCAAGGACCGGGAUGGCCUAGUCUUCGCUAAAGGAAGUGAUCUCUGGGUCAUCUUCCCUAUUGCAGUAUGCUUCCUGAUUAUCCGACAGAUAUUUGAGAGGACCGUGGCCGUUAAACUCGCCUCUUUACUUAGAGUGAGGGAGAAACCUCGUGUCAGAACUGCUCCCAACACCACACUGGAAUUUUAUUUCUGCAAUGCAUCGAAGUUCCCCUCACAGAGUUCAGUGGAGGAGUUAACUAAGCAGUCAGGUUGCUCGGUGCGGCAGGUCCAGAGGUGGUUCCGGCGGCGGAGGAACCAGGAACGGCCCAGCCAGAUCAAGAAGUUCCGGGAAGCCAGUUGGAGAUUUACCUUUUACCUUCUUGCUUUCAUUGCUGGCCUGUGUGCCCUAAUUGACAAGCCAUGGUUCUAUGACAUGGAGGAGAUGUGGAAUGGCUUCCCCACGCUGCCACUGCUGCCUUCUCAGUACUGGUACUACAUGAUCGAGCUGGGAUUCUACAUAUCGCUGCUCUUCAGUGUGGCAACGGAUGUCAAGCGUAAAGAUUUUAAGGAGCAGAUUGUUCACCAUGUGGCCACUAUUCUGCUGAUCAGUUUUUCUUGGUUGGUCAACUACAUCCGUGCCGGGACUUUGAUCAUGCUGGUGCACGAUGCCUCAGACUACCUACUGGAGUCAGCAAAGAUGUUCAACUAUGCAGAAUGGAGAAAGACCUGCAACUACAUCUUCAUUCUGUUUGCAGCUGUGUUCAUCCUUACCCGCCUCGUCAUACUCCCUUUCUGGAUCCUACAUACUACGUGGGUGUACCCAUUGACCAUCUAUCCCCCUUUCUUUGGAUUCUACUUUUUCAACGGGCUGUUGUUAGUGCUGCAGUGUCUGCACAUCUUCUGGGCUGUCCUCAUCCUGCGCAUGGCCAUCAAGUUUCUGCCUGGAAACGAUAUCGUUGAAGAUGAGAGGAGCGACAGGGAAGAGACUGAUUCAGACGAGGAGGAAGAAGACCAUGAGAAAACGAAAAACGGCUUUGUACAGAAUGGCAAUGGCCACACGGUGCUUAACAACAACCACCACCACAGCAAAACGGAUUGAUUUGUUACAGAGACACCAAGGAGGAUGUGUCUGCAACGGUGGCCUAGUCCAAGAGGCUACAGCAAGGCAGAAUUGCUGGUGGAAAGGCCACAAACACACACUCCGCUGAAUAAUAUAUACACAAAUAAUGCUAAAGAUCACAUGGACACACUCCUUACAUGGGCUGGAUGGGUUUCACUGCUCUGUAGAUCACACUAGUUGGAGGGAGAGGAUGGGGAGUACAGGAAAGAUGGCAAUAGAGCCAAACACAUGGUUAAACUGUGCCUUAGCAACAAACUGUUAUUCCCCAUUUUAUUUCUAUCCGUCCCUCUAGUCCUUAUAUUGCUAAUCAUUCAAUAAGGUGCCUAGCCCUACUCGCGGCUUUCCACCCUGCGUUAUGGAUAGCUCAAUUACGAAUCGUUGUUCACGGGGCAUUCCUUUCUUGCAUGCUUGGUUAACGCUCGGCGUACUGCUCGACUGUUCAAAUGUUCAAACGCUGCCUUCUCUGUACGCUGACUCCCGUCCCAAAUAAUAAGCGCGCCACCACCUGACACUGCCAGGAGAGAUGAGGUUCUCUUAAUGACCACAGCUUGGUACAGGUCUGUGAAAGUGUUCAAGUCACCAUGUCAGACCACUGAAGCAUACAGUAGUGAUAAUGGAAAAUGUAUAUAUUUUUUUUCACCUGCCAUUUUGUUAUUGGAUUGCAGUGGAGCAGUCGCUACAAUUAUUGCCAUGGCAUUCCUAUUCAACCUGGAAUGUGUUAAUGUUUUUGGUUUAAAUGUUGUUUGGGGGGGGGGGGGGGGGGGAAUAUGGUGGUUAAUUAAGUUUUAACUGUCUAAAGAAAAUCUAGAGAGUUCGGUUUGCAUUGUGUGAAUAUUUUGUUUUCGUUAAUGCCGGUCUCCAAAUGCAAUGGCCUUUGGGGAGCAGAAUCACAUGGCUUUAAAUAAUACUUUUUAAAAAUGUUUUCAAAACAACUUUUUAGUUAUCGGAUUUUAUUUUGUUAAUCUUUUUUUAGAGGUCCAGACACUAAUCCAGACAACCAGAAACCUACCAAAACCAGUCCAACCCUUAAUUCAACCGGACUGGAGGAGAAUGAAUUCAUUCAAAUCAGUAUUUUUCCUGCCCAUUCGUCCAAAGAUGUACUUUAUGGGUCAGCAUAGACCCAAUAUAAAGAAAGAUGAACGUCCAGGUCAUACUGUAUUUGAGUGAAUUGGAUUAUGAUUGGGGUUUACAAUUACACUACAGGUAAUUUCCUAUUUAUUUCAUUAUGUUCACAAGUGCAAAGGAGCCCUUUUCAAUUUCUUUUUAACGCUUCUGAUUCAAUUCAUUAAAUUUAUUGAAGCUUUAAUAAAACGGGACACAAGUAUGUUUUGCAUGUUUUAGUUUCGCAAGUGCCUUAGCUAUCUGUUACUUGAAAAAAAAAAACAUUUUCUGUCUACCAUCUUGCACUUUUUGUGAAUUUCUUCACCUUCCUUUUGUCAAACUCUCCAACUACUUGACCCUGGUCUAAGGUAGUGCACUGCAUAGGAAAUGGUAUACCAUUUGGCAUGCAACUUGACCUACCUACAAUGCUGUAACAUGGCCUUUGUUCCCAUUCACUUCUUCACGUCUCAACGUAAAGACCACUCCCUAUAAUGAUCUUGUAUGUUGCAUAUAUGGUCCCCCUUCCCAAAAAACAGCUUUUCUCCUACUGCAGUGUUUUUAUUUUGACAUGUUGCAAAGAUAUAAGAUAAAGGUUAUUCUUGAUUUAAA